CUGUUCUGACCGGCGUCUCUCGCUCUCGUUGCUCAGUUGCCCGGACUGUUGGUAGGCUAGGCUAGGCUAAGCUAAAUAUAUUAAUUAGGCAGAGGUAGAAUUGGCCGAACUAGGUAAGUUGUUCAUAGGUUCUUUUACCCGAGGGAAAAGAGACGGAAAUGUUUCGUCAAAGUGGUUUGUCGGCUGCUCUCCUACUCGCGGUGGUCCUAGGAAGAAGUGAGUCGCUGAAAGAAGGAGAAUGUGAAGUGUGUGUGACAUUUCUUGGAAAGUUCUACCAGUCUCUUCAGGAGUUAAAAGUGAACUUAAAUAGUGCCGACAUUGAGAAGGCACUUCUGAAGAGCUGCAACGAUGCCAAAGGCAAAGAAAAUCGUUUUUGUUACUACAUUGGGGCAACCAGCGAUGCCGCCACCAAGAUGGUCAAUGAAGUGUCCAGGCCGCUCAGUAACCACGUCCCUGUUGUCAAAAUAUGCGAGAAACUUAAGAAGAAGGACAGUCAAAUUUGUGAACUCCGAUACGACAAGCAGCUGGACCUGAGCUCGGUGGACUUGAAGAAACUAAGGGUGAAAGAUCUGAAGAAGAUUCUGGAAGAGUGGGGUGAGUCGUGCAAAGGCUGCGCCGAAAAGUCUGACUUCAUCCGCAAGAUUACGGAGUUGAUGCCUAAGUACGCCCCUGCCGCCGCCAGGACUCGGACUGACCUGUAAAGUCACAUAGACUGUAUACUGUUCUCUCACUCACUCACACACACACACACACACACAGACAUACGUACACAUGGACAUACAUACACACACACUAGUCUAAGGUGGUCUUUCAGAAGAGAGAAGUCCACCUUUGUUUCUAUUGGACCAUGGACCAGGUGCGUCUUACCCAGUCUUCGCGACUGAUGUUCACUGUCCACAUGUCAGCUGUAGAUGUGGCUUCACCACCCUCUUCAGGCUGUUUGCCGCCAAUCUGCCGUGAUUCUGUAACUUACAUGUGCAUUAAAACCUUUUGUUUUUUUAAGUUUGUUUAAAUGUAUACAAACACCACCUCAGACAUUAGAGGGAUGACAUCACUUUAGCCAUCUUAUUUUAGCGUCAAGUAAGUCUUUUUUAACACUUCUAGUGUCUAGUAAUGGCAGAGAACUACAGUGUUCUAAUAAUUGUGACAAGGUAUUUCAACAAGUACUCACUAGUGGGCAAUCAAGUUGAAGCGUGCCAUGUCAUUGACAUCAUUAACUUUCAGAUUGAUGGGAUGAACAAACAUGGCUGACCACCUCAAUAACCGUUUUCUUGAGAAUUUGAGUUGCAUUCAAGUCAAUUAACUAAAAUCUAGCUUUCAGGGGUUAUAGUGAAAUAUUCAGACCAAUUUAUAUACACAAUGGCUUGUAAUCACUGAUGGCAUCCAGCAUGACGCAAAUGUAAACAUGUCCAACAUACUUAAUGUUUAGGAACCCCAACUUUGAGUGCCAUUCCUACUUCUAAUGCACUUUUCCUAGUCAGAGGUCGGAAAUAUCCCGGUUCCAAUUCCCUAAAGAGCAGCAUAUUUGUUCCCGAGCCUAUUGACCUCACUUACACUGUCAUUCUAAUUUUUAUUUGGGAAACUGGGGAAUUCUAUCCAAAAAUGUGUCACAUGUUUUUGAUAUUUAUGUUAUUUGAUCAAGUUUGUUUCACAGAUGAACAUUGCUCAACUUCCUGCAUUCCCUCACAUAGUUGGAACGCGUUUACAAGCUUUGCUACAUUUCUCAUGUUCAUAUGUGAAAUAAAAAUAUUCAGUGUUGUUAAA